AUGGCCGACAAAUCAUCCACCAAUAACCGGAAGCCAAGUAGGUUACAGCGAAGAGCUCCAGCGUCCAUUCAGAUCAGUCCAGUCUCCAACUGGAACGUUGCGAUUCCUCUGCUAUCGCCUGUUGAGAAAACCAAUCGUAUGAGUAGUAGUUCAAAAGAGGAGUCGCGAAGAGCUGCUCAUACAGUGGUGGAGCCGGAAAAGAAACCGGUGGUGUAUAAGAAGUGGCAGCAUCCGGCGGAUCCGUUUUACUACGAGCCGGCACCUCCGUUUGUAUGUAGUGGUGUUGAGUUUAGGAGUUGA